UAGACUUGUAUUAAGCAUUAAUUUGAGCCAAAAUGACAUCUGAACGGUCCCGUUUCGUGCUAGUUUCUCUCAUUCAGUAGCAGCCACCCGGAGAAUAAUUCAAGGUUUCGAGACUUUGAGGGUAGUGAACACGAUCCAAAGGAUGGUGCGGGUGGUGUUUCUCCAUCCUGAUCUUGGUAUUGGGGGAGCGGAGCGGCUCGUGGUUGAUGCAGCAGUUGCUCUGAAGUCACAGGGCUGCAGUGUUCAGAUCUGGACGGCCCAUUAUGACCCAACACAUUGUUUCUCUGAGACUCUGGACCCAGACCUUCCUGUGGUGUGUGUGGGUGACUGGCUCCCUACCAGUGUAUUUGGCUAUUUGCAUGCUGUGUGUGCCUACCUGAGGAUGAUCUUCGUGGCCCUGUACCUGGUCUUCCUCAGUGGGGAGGAGUACGAUGUCAUCUUCUGCGAUCAGGUGUCGGCGUGUAUCCCGGUGCUGCGACUGUCCCGUCAUAAAAAGAAGGUUUUGUUCUACUGUCACUUCCCGGACCAGCUGCUAACCCAGCGGAAGUCGACCCUGAAGAAGAUUUACCGCGCUCCCAUUGACUGGCUGGAGGAAAGCACCACGGGCAUGGCUGAUAUGAUUCUGGUCAACAGCCAGUUCACCGCAGGCAUCUUCAGAGAGACCUUUCAUAGUCUGAGCGGAGUCCAGACGGAUGUCCUCUACCCCUCCCUGAACACGUCCACCUUUGACCAGCCGUCCGCUGAUCCUCAGGGCCUGGCGGGGAUGCUCCCCGAGGGAACGUCCUCCCUGUUUCUCUCCCUGAACCGAUACGAGAGGAAGAAGAAUUUGGGCCUGGCUCUGGAGGCCCUGGCAGCCCUGAGGAGUCGUCUUCCUCCGGGCCAGCGGGCGGGCAUUCACCUGGUGGUGGCGGGGGGCUACGACGACCGCGUCGCCGAGAACGUUCAGCAUUACGCCGAGCUGAAAGAGCUGGCUGAGCAGCUCCGUUUGGGCGACUGUGUCACUUUCCUGCGUUCCCCCUCGGAUUCACAAAAGGUGGCGCUGCUGCGGGGCAGCACGGCGGUGCUCUACACCCCCAGCAGGGAGCAUUUCGGGAUCGUUCCUGUGGAGGCCAUGUACUGCUGCUGCCCCGUUAUCGCCGUGAACUCUGGGGGGCCCCUGGAGAGCGUCUCAGACGGGGAGACGGGCUUCCUGCGCGAGCCCACGGCCGAGGCGUUCUCCGAGGCCAUGGAGAGGCUCGUCGGGGACGCUCGGCUCCGCAGGGACAUGGGACAAGCUGGGAGGCGGAGGGUGCAAGAUAAGUUCUCUCUUCAGGCCUUCUCAGACCAGCUGUACGGGUACAUUGUCAGACUGAGCCAGUGAUGUGACGCCUGCAAAGAAAACCCUUGAGAAUGUUUAAAAAAAAAUGUAAAAAAAGAUCCCCUCCUGAACUGUGAAGCUGACUGUGGAUGACCGGGGACUACGGAGAGUUAGAACGAAUGUCUCCUAAUUGAGGAUGUAUGCCUGUAUGUGUGGGGAGGUGGGGCGGGUGUGUUAUGAGGACUUAGAGGACAAUUAAUCAGCAUUCCCCUGGAGGGGUUGCUGUGAGGGGGGAAAAAGGAUGGAAUCUCUACACCAAUUAAGAAAAGAGUAACGAGUUUACCUAUCCUAUAUCUGGAAGAAUAACAUCCGCGCAAGUGUGCGAAUGUAAUUGCACGUGUGCAGCAGUGUGGCAACCGAGAGUCUCGCAAAUGAGUCCACCAAAAGGAUUGAUUGCUGGAGAGAAAUGUUUUUGCACUGAGCGCGCGUGUGUGUUUCCUUUUUCUACAGUACUCUUUGUGUGUUUUGGGGAUGCAGACAAAGAAUGCGGUGACCGCGAUGUGCCAUCAGGCCGCGCGCAGUCUCGGAUCGAUAAACAGGAUGUUUUCCGCCACUUCCUGUCCGCCAAGAGCUUUGUUCCCCCUCCUCUGGCCCGUCCGUGACUUCUGCUCCUGCGUCGAGGUUAUUAGCAGAUGAUGGAGAGCGCUGGGCUUUAUUAGAGGUCUGCCUGAUGGGCAGUGUGUCUGGGUCAUUAUCAACAAGGAGAAUAGAAGAAGGUCAUUGUGUCUGCGCACUGCCGUCUUCAGCCUUCCCACUGUAUAGAAAUGCUCUUAUUGACAUUCCUGAAGUCUUAAUAAACAAGAGGACACAUAG